AUGACUGAAAAUAAUGAUGUACCUGACCGACAAAAAGAUCAACUUCAAGAAGUUUCAUUAAAUAAGGAUAUAGAAUUAGCGAUAUCUCCAAUUGUUCCAUUAAACUAUUCAAAGAAUUUGCAAAUUGGUGAUACAAAAUUGUUAGUUGUUGACAAAGAGGAUGAUAUUAUAAGCGGAGAAGCUCCUAGUUGUUGUGUGCUCGGUAGUCCUAAACAUGUAGCAGCAUUGAAAGCAAAAAUUGAAGAAUUGAAAUCAAAUUCCGAACAAUUGGAGCGAGAACGCAGAGAAGCUUUAUCACGUUCCGAUUCCGUAUCAAAACAACUUGAUCGACUUGUAAAAGAAUUAUCACAAUUAGGUCAUGACAAUAAUCACAAAAAUAAUGAACAAACAAUUCAUGCUACAGUUCAUACAUUUGGCUCAUUACAAAAGCUUGAAAUAAUAGCAGAUGAUGAAGAUUCAGCUGAAGAAUAUCAUAAACAUGAUAGAUUAAUGAGAAAACCAAGAGUAAGACAAUAUUGGCAUGCUGGCACUUUACAUAGAGAAGCUGAAGAAAGAAAAGUGAAUUUUAAAGAAUUAUUUUGGGAUUUGAUCUUCGUAGCCGUAAUUGGAAAUUUAGGUCACGUUUUAGUCGAAGAUGUUACUCUCGUUAAUAUUGAGAGAUUUAUUUUAACAUUUUAUCCUAUUUGGAGAGUAUGGAUUGAUAUGACUCAUUAUUUGAAUAUGUAUAGUUCAGAUGAUUUACUCGAGAAAUUUAUCGUGUUUUUUGAAAUGGUACUUGUAAUUACUAUGGGAACACACGCGUCAGAUAUAUUCGAUGAAACCGCAUAUAUUUAUCUCAUUUCUUUCGUAAUUGCACGAAUGACAUUCAUGUUAUUGAAUUUGUUACAUGCGACAUGGAUUCCGUUAUUUCGUAUACCGUUUAUAAAUACUUCAUGGGGAAUCUUCAUUCCAUGUAUGCUUUGGAUUGUAGCCAUAUUCGUUCCUAGAAAUAGAGUUAUGGCAGUAAUGUGGAUUGCACUCGUAUUUGAGAAUCUAUGGACUGGUGGCAUUCUAUUGAUUAAUCGAUAUGGAAGUGAGAUUUUUAAUCGAAAUAAGACUACACGAGAAGAAUUUGAAACAGUUGAUGAUUCUACACUUACUUUGGAGAAUACUUUGGUUAAUGAUUCCUCACCCACCCUUACCUCACCUACCUCUACCUCACCUACUUCAACUUCUCCAAAAAAGCAUGCGCCACAUAAAGCAAUGAAAACUCGUGGUACUGAAUAUCAAUGGAAAUGGAAGGAUUUAUUUUCACUAUUCAGAAUUUCAGAAUACAGACCUGCAUUAAAUAUUGAACAUUAUAGUGAAAGAUUAGGAUUAUUUACUAUUAUAGCUUUAGGUGAAGGGAUUUUAGGAAUAUUGUAUACUAGUUUCAAUCCGUCGCCUGAUGGCCAACUCGCCAAGGCAAUAUUAGGAUUAUUAACUGCGUAUAACUUGCAUUGGAUAUAUUUCGAUGUGGAUGCUAGUAGACAAUUCCAGCAUGCUUUAAGAAGACAUACUUUUACUGGUAUAUUAUUUGGAUUGAUACAUUUUCCGAUGAAUAUGGCGUUGAUUGCAUUUGGAACUUCAUUAGGUAGAAUGGUACAACUUCGUGAUUUUCCAGGUUCUCAACAUAUACCGGUAGAAGACAAUGACCUUCAUUUAGAAUCAAGAGCAGUUCCUGAACAUGCGGAUGAUGCAGUAUUUCCUUCAUCAUUAUCUUGGUUAUACUGCAUUUCUUUAGCGAUUUCAUUAUAUUGUAUGGCUUUUAUUGGAAUGUUACACAAAGGAUUAGAUAAUGCUGAUUAUCUAAGAAUUCGAAAGUCUUAUCGAAUUUUAUUAAGGUUCAUAAUUGGAACAAUUUACUUAUUAUUACCAUUAAGUAAAAUUAAUUCAUUAAAUUUGAUCAUUAUAACGUCAAUGCUUUCAUUACUGUUGGUUAUUGUAGAAAUUUAUGGAAGAUUAAGAAAAGGUUUACCAUUAUUUGGUAAUUGUGAUGAUGAUGUUUUAGAUGCUCAUAAUAAGAGAUAUAUUAGAUGGAGAUGGGGGAAUAAAAACUCAAACAAAAGAACCUGGAGUAAUGGAGUUUUAAAAAAAACCGUCAUAACCAAUUUCAACAGCGAAAUUCCAAUAUUAUCAAGAUACUCGAUACAUAGUAGAGUAUUUACAUGGGAUAAUAAAUGGUUUUAUUUAAUAAGUUAUUUUAGACUUCAUAGCACAAACGAAAUUGCUUCAAUAGCAUUAUCAAAGGUUAUAUUUAAAGUAUCUAGUGGUAAAACGAUUAAAUCUGAAGUAAUGUUUGAAACUUCCGGAUAUUUUAAGAAUGAGAGCAUAGAGGAAAAAGAAGAGAGGGAGAAUAAAAGACAAAUUAGGUUGAAACUUGUUGAACAAAUAUUCCCAUUUGAGUUUUCUGAUGGAACUUGUGCAAGAGAUUUCUUGAAUGAAAUAAAAGCAAAGAGAAACAAUAAUGUACAAGCAAAAUUAUAG